CACCGUUGACACGUUAAGCACAGGUGUUCAACAGAUCUGAGCGAGUGCAGAAUGGCUUUCUAUUCUCAGUACAAAAUGAUGUGGGAUAAAAUCAAAAUGAAGACCAUCAUGUUAAUGUUGAUGUUUUCAUGUGUGUCAUCAGAUUGGCUGUCAGAGAUAGGUGGAGAGCAAGACAGAGUUUUACCCGGACAUGUUUUUCAGGUAUUUCAGACAGCAACAGUUCGACAGUGUCACCGACUCUGUGGAUAUUCAGCAAGGUGCUUUUCGGCCAACUGGAUCUUGUCAACUAGAGAGUGUCAACUUAGUACCAGUGCUUUAGGUGGCGGUAGUUUACAAGUGUCCGCGAACAACGUGUACCUUCCGGUUCAUCAAUUUCCUCCACAGACUCACCCAUGCGCAGAUGAACCCUGUGGAAAUGACCAUGUGUGUGUCCCUGUCACCAAAUCUACCAACUAUGUAUGUGUACACGUCGACACAAAUACAAACCAAGCACCUGCGACUGGAAUAACGACCGGUACUGCACCUACUGCUGCAACAACUUCUGUACAGGAUACAACACCGGCGUUGACAACAACACUGGCACCGACAACAACACCCUUACCAACUACAACGGCAGCUCCAUCUACUACAACAUCUGCACCAACUACAACAGCAUCAUCAACUACCACAACACCUGCAUCAACUACAACACCCGUCCCAGCUACAAUUCCAGCUCCGACUACAACACCUACACCAACGACAGCACCAACACCGACUACCACUAUAUCUGUACCAACUACAACAGCAGCACCAACUACUACAACACCUACACCAACUACAACAGCAGCACCAACUACUACAACAUCCGCUCCAACUACAACACAAGCUCCGACUACAACACCUACAUCAACGACAACACCAGCACCGACUACCACGAUAUCUGUACCAACUACAACAGCAUCACCAACUACUGCAACAACUGCUCCAACCACAACAGCAGCACCAACUACAACAUCCGCCCCAACUACAACACCAGCUCCGACUACAACACCUACACCAACGACGACACCAGUACCCACUACCACAACAGCUGUGCAAACAACAACUACACCAACAGCUACUACCCAUGAUGGCACGUGCGUUGAUAACAGUGACUGCAGUUCCCUUCCCUUCACAGAGUGUUCAAACAGCCUCUGCGUAUGCACCGUGGGAAGUGACAUGGAUGAUGCCACUGGCAUGUGCAGAUCAUUAGCAGAGUGCUCGUCCUUUGGAUCUACCUUCACCACCUUCACGGAUACUGUCAUCACCGAUCAUAAUCUUCAGACCCAUACAUCGAAGACGUCAGCACAAUGUGAACAAUUGUGUCUAGAAGCCUCAUUCGUAUGUAAAUCGUUUGAAAUGUAUUACAAACUAUGUUUAUUGCAGGAAGUCUCCUGGUAUGAUGUUACAGGAAGUGAACGUGGAUAUAAGAAAAAUCUCAAUCAUAGCCAACGCAGAUGUAAUUGGUGAGCUACGGUAUGAACUUGAGUGCCAUUCUAUGCUACAGGAGUAACAAUCCCAAAGCGCAACAGCUUGUCUAUAUAUCGGUGCUUCUCCAGCACACAGAAGCUGUGCAAGACCUUAUGAUUUCAAUGUAUUGUGUCCAGGUUUUGGUGCUGGUAUUAUAAUAAUGAUUAACCAUUUUACUUGGAUUUUUUCCGAAGAAAAAAAAUUGGUCCAGAUAUAACAGGGAAAAAAUUAAUGCAUCCUCAAUUUUAGCCACAAGCCCGAAAAAUCUAUUUGCAGGCCAUAUUGGAUGUCCUGUGAAAUUAAUGUAACUGUGAAUACAAAUCUUUGAAAAAAUUGCUUAGUUCGUGUGUUUUGACGGAAAACUAUUACAUCCUGAGUCCAUUGGGCAGCAUAAACAAUUUCACUUACACAUCACAUACAUAAAGAAGCGAGAUUAUGUCAGUCAGUAGAGGUCUGCUUCUCUUCUUGUAACAGCAGGUAACAUUUAGGAGAUAAACAUACUGUGUGUUCAAUGUAGAGCUAGGUUACCUGUAGAUUUUACCCCGCUAAAUUGAAUUUGGAACCGAACGCGCAGCGUGAGGUUUCAAAUGUUUAAUUUAGCGCGGUUAAAUCUACAAGUAACCUACAUGUAGCUCUACAAUGAAAACACAAUGGGUUUAUCUCCAUUCUACCAUGACUAAAAAACGCGGGCUCUUUGGUGUUAGCAAAUAUAUUGAGUGAAGCGGCAUGGGUUGACUCCAGUGUUUUGAGUGGGUUAUCGAUCUGAAUUACCGAAUCACCGAACAAAAUAUGGUGCUGUAUAUACUGAAGCAGUUUGUUUAUACCGUUAUACUUGACUCGAACAUAUGACAGGCAUUGAACGCAUAUAAGCACGGCAACUUGGAAAGCUAACAUGAGGUGGGCAUCCUUAAAGAA